AAGAAAUCGUUCGUUGGACUUUUCUCAACCUAUGAUCAGAAGCAUUUGUUUUCGUAGAACACCUUUCAUAAAUAAAUAGCUGUUGGGUUGGGAAUGACUUGUUUUUCUCAUGGAAUGUUUUUGUGGGAGCACCACCCUCUCAUAUGGCGGCAGCAACCACAAUUUGCUACAAUCCCUCUUUUUUUUUCAAGGGGUCAAUUUUGCUUAGACAAAGAUACUUGAAAAACACUUCCUUUGCUUAUAGUUUAUCUGCUUCAAGAUCAUCACUUUCAGGGGGGUUUGGUCCAAGGAAACCUGUUUUGGGAAGAAACUCGUUCUGGGUAUCAAAAACCAUGGACGAAUCCGUUAGAACUUCUGCUUCCAGAGAUGGAAACAGUGAUGAACACAUUCGAGUGCUUGAACAAGAAGCUUUCAUCGAUGGGUCGGCCCAGUUUCGGCCCAAGUUUUUGUCUGUUGAGAUGGAAUACACGCUCAAUAAACUGAGCAAGUGGAUAGUAACGGCCCUCUUUGGUGGUGUCAUUUUUUGGAGGCAUGACGCAGAAGCCUUAUGGUUUGCCGCAGGAUCUAUUUUGAAUGCUUUGCUUUCUGUUUGGCUCAAACAUAUACUGAACCAGGAACGACCUUCAGAUCUGAAAUCUGACCCUGGGAUGCCGUCUUCACACGCACAAUCCAUAUUCUUCACUGUCUUCUUUGUUAUUUUGUCAAUUGUAGAAUGGCUCGGGCUAAAUGGAUUCACCAUUGCCAUGGGUGGACUGGCCUUGGCAUUUGGUUCUUUUUUUUCAUACCUAAGAGUGUCGCAACAACUUCAUACAAUGAGCCAAGUGAUUGUUGGAGCUGCUAUCGGGUCCAUUUUCUCAAUCUUAUGGUAUUGGCUAUGGAACGGUUUCAUGCUAGAUGCAUUUGUAUCUUUUCUGUGGGUUAGAACCGUUGUUGUUUUGGGGUCUGCAGGACUUUGCUUGGGUUUUGUUUUAUUUGCAAUUCGUUAUUGGCUUCAAGACGACUAGAACUUUAAAACGUGUACAACAUUGCAAUCUGAUUUAAUGGCUAAGACAUCUCCUUUUGUUUCUUUCAAGAUUGA